CCGCCUCGUAGCCGGCGUCCUGGCGCCGAGCGUCUCCCUGGGCCACAUUGCCAUGGCUGCUAGCCGCGGCGUCCCCUCCACGGGCGAGGGGCUGCGCUACGCCGAGUUCUCGCCACCCUCCGCCAAACUGUCCGACGCCGACAUCGACCAGAGACUGGCAAGAAACUUGAUAGCUGUAGGACUGGGUGUAGCAGCUUUUGCAUUUGCAGGUCGCUAUGCAUUUCAGAUCUGGAAACCUUUAGGACAAGUACUCACAGAAACUGUAAAGAAGAUUUCUACUCCUAGCUUUUCAUCCUACUAUAAAGGAGGAUUUGAACAGAAAAUGAGUAGGCGAGAAGCUAGUCUUAUUUUAGGUAUAAGCCCAUCUGCUGACAAGGCCAAGAUUAGAACAGCUCACAGAAGAAUCAUGAUUUUGAAUCACCCAGAUAAAGGUGGAUCUCCUUACUUAGCAACCAAAAUAAAUGAAGCAAAAGACUUGCUAGAAUCAAGCACCAAACAAUGAUUGAUGCUCAGAGACCACUCUGAAGGAAAAAAAAAGGGAAUGCUAAAAAGAGUCCUGCAGAUUAAUUUAUGCCAUGGCCUUCACACCCUUCAUACAUAUAUUGGCCACAAUCAUUUCUUCUACCACUAAGCUAUUUUAUAAUAAAAGAUUAAUAGUCUUGCUUUUUAAUGUA